UAGCCAGAACGUAGAUCGGCGGUAGAUCAUUCGUGCGGAGUCAAAAAAUCGCUCGCAGCUGAGUGGAACCGUCGGCACUCUGCGGAUGUGGAUUUAGGAGUUGCAAAUUACCCACCACAAGGAUAACUGAUAAGCUCCUCCGCCCUCGCCUUGUCUUCUUCUUCUUCUCCUCCUCCUCCUCCUCCCGAGCGAGCGAGUAGAACAGAAGAAGAGUGACAUGGCUUCCUUGAUCUACGCCGCCGCCUCCCCCUCAUCCUCACGCGCCCUAAUCGAACCCGGCUCGCGCUCUCUUCCUGCGGCGAGAUUAUCGAGGAUCUGCGCAACCCUAAGGCCGCCGGGGUCCUUCGCCACGGCGAGAGCGUUCCCGAAGAUCUCCCCCUCGAUCGACGAGGAUCCCGCUGCCGACAGGUUCCUGCACGACAACUCCAUCUCCGACUUCAUGCGCUUCAAGCGGGGCGGUUCUUCCGCCGGCGAGCUGCAGACCGCCGUCGUCGGGUACCGGAAGAGGUUGCCUUGGUCGUUUCUUCACCCUUUUCUUCAGGUUGAUUUGGUAUCGACGAUUCAUAUUGCAGAUAAGCAAUACUUUGAGACCCUUCAGAUGGGACUUGAGUCUUAUGAUUGUGUUCUUUAUGAGAUGGUAGCAAGCAGGGAGAGCCUAGAGAAGAGAUUAAACUCAAAAUCCAAAGGAAAGUUGAAGUCCUCAAAAUCUAAAGGCUUUAAUAUUAUUGGAUUCAUUCAAAGGCAGAUGGCUAGAAUUCUCUCUCUUGAUUUCCAAUUGGAUUGUCUUGAUUAUGAAAAUGAAAAAUGGCAACACGCAGACCUUGACUUUGAGACUUUCAAGUUUCUUCAGGAUGAGAGAGGCGAAAGCUUUUUCACACUUGCGAAAGAAAUGACACGAACCUUAAUUCAGCCUUCUUUUCCUGGUGAUCUUGGUUCAUGGAAAUCUAAGCUGUUGUGGGUUUCACGUGUGUUCCCCAUGCCACUUGUUGGGCUCUUUAUUAUCAUUAGUGUUUGUUCACCGUCUGAAAGUUACAGCACAGAGUAUACUGAACUAGAAGCUCUAUCAAGGCUCGAUAUUGGAGGUGCAUUAAAGAUUUUUUUAGCCAAGCGAUUAACAUCUGAGUUUACUAACAUAACUGCUGCAAUAGAGGAAAAUUCAGUCAUCAUUGGUGAAAGAAAUAAAGUGGCAAUUGAGGCACUAAGGAGAUCAAUCAACUGCGGGCACCAGAGGAUAGCAGUUCUCUAUGGAGGCGGCCACAUGCCAGAUUUGGGUAGACGGCUACACGAGGAGUUUGACAUGGUCCCUUCUCAUGUGCAAUGGAUAACGGCUUGGUCCAUUAAGAACAAGAAGCUGAAUGUUCAUUCCUUGCCAUUCCUGAAGGAAUUGGCCAAGCUCUCAGGCUGGCCUCUUAAUAGGUACCAGACACUGGCCUUGAUCAUCUUCUCAUCUGUUCUUGCACUAGAUCUUUGGUUCUGGGAGCUGUUUGUUGAGAGUGCAUUCUCGUUGGCUUCUUCAGUUGCUACAGAAGUUAGUCUAUUAAUCAACAUGUGAAUUAUGUGAACAUUAGUUCCUAGGAAUACUCAACAUUUCCCUGGAACAGAAAGGGGAAGAAAUUAUUUUCUCCUUCCAUUUGUGGUAACUCGUUGGAGGAACCUGGAUUUAAAUUAAUGGUCUGAUUCGAAGACCAAAGUAUUGACGUGUAAAUACGAUCUCAAUUAAAGGACUAUUAAUUAAGAAAAUUAUUCUUUGUAA